AUGUUCUCGGACCACGCGGACGCGGCGGCGGUGGACCAUGUCGACGGCGCCGGCGUCCUCUACGUGCCCUUCUCCGACGGCUUCGAUGCCGGCUUCGACGGGGACAUCACGGACUACAUGUUGAGCCUCAAGGCUGUGGGUCCCCGCACGCUGGACAGCGUGCUCGCGCGCCUCCGCGAUGCCGACACCCCCGUCACGCAGCUUGUGUACACGCAGGUCGUCUCCUGGGCCGCCGACGUCGCGCGCGCGCACGGCGUGCCCGCGGUGCUCUACUGGAUCCAGCAGGCCGCCGUGCUCGCCGCCUACUUCCACCUCUCGCGCGGCACCGACAGUCUCGACCAGGCCGUCGCCGCGGCGGCGAGCAACCCGUGGGCGGACACUCGCGUCCGAGGGCUCCCGCCGAUGCGCGUGCGUGACCUGCCGUCCUCCUUCACCACCGCCGGCGACGACCACCACCCCUACGCCUUCAUGCUACCCGACAUGCGCGAGGUGCUCGACGUGCUGGGCCGCGAGGACACGCCCACCGUGCUCGCCAACACGUUCCACGCCAUGGAGCCCGACGCGGUGGUGACGCUGAGCCAGAGCGGCAUCCACGUCGUCCCCAUCGGCCCCGUGCUCUCCUUCCUGGACGCCUCGACGGCGUCGGCCAGCAGCAACAACAACAACAACAACAACCUGUUCAAGAUGGACGGCAAGGGGUACCUGGAGUGGCUGGACGCGCAGGCAGCGGGGUCGGUGGUGUACAUCUCCUUCGGGAGCUCGUCCACGAUGAGCAAGCGGCAAAUCACUGAGGUGGCGCGCGGCAUGGCGGAGAGCGGCCGACAGUUCUUGUGGGUGCUGAUAAAGGACAACCGCAGCGAGGUCGACGGCGACGAGCUGAAGCUAUGCGCCGGCGGUGGCAUGGUGGUGGGAGUGGUGCGACCAGGCAAAGGUGCUGUCGCACCCGGCGUGGGGUGCUUCGUGACGCACUGCGGAUGGAACUCGACGCUGGAGAGCGUUGCGUGCGGCGCGCCGGUCGUCGGAGUGCCGCAAUGGACGGACCAGGGCACCAACGCGUGGCUCGUGGAGCGGCAGCUCGGCACCGGGGUAAGGGCUGCCGUGAUCAGCGACAAGGACGGCGUGCUAGAGGCUGGCGAGCUGCGGAGGUGCAUCAGCUUCGUCACAUCGGAUGUUGUGCGCGCCAUGGCGGAGCUGUGGAAGGGAAAGGCACGGGGGGCGGCAGCCGUGGGCGGCUCGUCCGAGAGGAACCUCAGGGCGUUCGUUGCUGGGGAGGUCGCCCUCGCCGGCAACUAG